AUGGAAUGUGAAGAGGAGCGCGGCGCGCGUCGGCCCAAGUGCGCGCGCUGCCGCAACCACGGCAUCAUCUCGUGGCUCAAGGGCCACAAGCGGCAGUGCCGGUUCAAGGGCUGCAUGUGCGCCAAGUGCAACCUCAUCGCGGAGCGGCAGCGCGUCAUGGCGGCACAGGUGGCCCUGAAGAGACAGCAGGCCGCCGAAGACGCCAUCGCGCUGGGCCUGGCCGCGGUGGCCACCGGCACGCAGUACGGCUUCCUGCCGCCGGGGCCCAUCUUCGGCAUGACCAUCACCGCCCCCAAAGGUGAGCCAGCGCCGCGCGGCACGGAAAGCCAACCCCCGCCGGCCUCCUCCCUGGACUUGCUGGCCCGCCUGUUCCCCAGCAAGAAGCGCUCCGUGCUGGAGCUGGUGCUGCAGCGCUGCGAGGACGACCUGCUCAGGGCCAUCGACCACUUCGCGCCGGGCACGCAGAGUGGCGCACAGUGCAGCGCCAGCCACGACGGGCUCGGCCCGCCGUUGAACCUCGGACCCAUGGCUUGUGAGGCAGAGGCCUUGACCACUGCACCACUGAGCUUCCUUGUGGAUAGGGGCUUGGCUACUCGACCACAUGGAAAGGCCGGCUUUCCUCAGGAACUAGAAUUUAACUGCUAG